AUGCCUCGUCAACGCCGUGGUGCCGCCCCUACUCCCGCGCGCAGCGCUCCCACCCGCCCUACCGCUGCUCCCGCCAGACCUGCUGCCGCCCCUUCUUACGGCCAGCAACAGCCUCACUCCACUGCUGCUCACCCCCAGCAGCACCACGCUCCCCCUCCGGCUGCUGCCCCCGCUGCCACUCCCGCCGCUGCUCCCGUUCAGCAAAGCCAGGGCCCCGGUCUCUUCGGCCAGAUGGCCUCGACUGCUGCUGGUGUCGCCGUCGGCUCCUCCAUCGGCCACGCCAUCGGCGGAAUGUUCUUCGGCGGUGGUGGCGGCUCCAGUGCCCCCGCUGAGGCUCCCCAGCAGGCUGCGCCGGCUCCCGCUCAGGCCAUGGACAACGGUCUCUGGGCUGGAAACGCUACCAACAGCUCUUGGGAGGCGCCGGCUUGUGCCACGGAUGCGCAGAACUUCCGCAAGUGCAUGGAUGAGAACAAGGGUGAUUUGACGAUCUGUGGAUGGUACUUGGAUCAGCUGAAGGCUUGCCAGGCUGCUGCUAAGCCGUACUAG